AGCUAUUCCGCCUCGUUUUGAAGACGAAACGUUAGAACACGCAUUCCCUAACAAAUAUUAAAAUUUAAAACGCAUACACACUAAAUUCUCUAUCGUUAUAUAAUGCCGCUACAAGAGGAUGUUCUUAAGAUCGGGAAAAAAUUAGAAAAGAUGGUUUCGAGUAAGUCUGUGGAUCAAGCGACUGCUAUGGAACUUCUUAUGCAGCUGAAGAAACAAAAGAUGAAUUUAGAAGUUUUACAAAAAACUAAAAUUGGAAUGAUCGUUAACAAUUUUCGAAAAUCGACAAAGGAUGAUGAGGUCAUUUCUUUAGCAAGAUCGCUAAUUAAAUCAUGGAAAAAAUUGAUUGGUGAUUCCGGUAAAAAAGAUACAAAAGAAAAGGGAAAAUCAGUUCAUCAUGAAGGUGGUCAAGAAUUUCCAAGAACUGAUAGUACUCUAAGUACAAUGUCGGACGAUUAUUCUCAAAGUCCUACAGAUUCUCAAAGAAAAGAUAGCCCUAAUCCAGCAAAUAUGCAUAUGAUUCGUAGUUAUCCUGAAAGGGUUUCCCAUACAUCCGACCCAAUUAGAUUGAAAUGUCGAGAGAUGCUGGUUAAUGCUUUAAAGUCUGGUGAUUUACCAACUGAAUCUAAUGAUCCAGUGGACGUGGCGGCUGCUAUAGAAGACCACAUUUUUAAUGAAUUCGGUAAUACCGACAAUAAAUAUAAAAACCGAGUGAGAAGUCGAGUAUUAAACUUAAGAGACAGCAAGAAUCCUAAACUCAGAGAAAACGUAUUGAUGGGAUAUAUAUCAGCUGAAAGAAUCGCAAUAAUGACAGCAGAGGAUAUGGCGUCUGACGAAAUGAAAGAAUUGAGGGAAAAAUUUACUAAACAAGCUAUUAAUGACCACCAGAUGGCUGUUAGAGGUGGUACAGCGACUAGUUUGAUAAAAUGUGGAAAGUGUGGCAAGAGGAGUGUAUUGUAUAAUCAAGUCCAAACUAGAAGUGCUGAUGAACCUAUGACAACAUUUUGUCUUUGUCAAGAGUGUGGACAUAGGUGGAAGUUUUGCUGAAAGAACCUUUUGGCCUGCUUUCACCUUUUGGAAAGUUGAUUUAUAAGACUAACUGAUUUUUAUGGAUUGAUCCUUUGUCAGCCUCAUUCUAUGUCAAGAUAUUGUUUGUAAUUUUAUAUAAUGCAUUAGCCGUUUAAAAGUUUCGUCACUCACAUAAUACUUAUUCUUGUUUUGGUUUUCGAUGGUAAUUUUUAUAAAAUUUACUCCUGUUAAUAGUAAUUUCACCUUCUUAUAAUACGAUUUGCUAAGAGGCUUUGAUCAUGCGGUUUUCCCUCAUUUGAGUUUAUGAUAACCAUAGGAAGUGUAAUAAUAUUAGCAAGGUCUAUUGUAUGCAGCAGUAGGUCAAUUGUUUGAAGCAGUGUUUGACUUUGUAGUUGAAGAUUAUUUGUUUAUUUUUUUUCAUUAUAUUUCUUAAGAUAAUUAUUACACUUUUUGUAUAAAUGAAGAAAACAACGCUUCAUUUAUAAUUUAUAAUUACUUUUAACUAAUUUUUUUUUACAAAGAUAUCUAUUUAUCUUUAUGAUCUUACUGUAAAAGGCGAUUCUUGUUCCAUCGAAAGCCAAAAUUUAACAUAAUAGGAUCAAAUCUAAGAACUUUCGGUAGAUAUUUCAAAUUAGCAGCAAACAUAAGUUAAGUUCUCAGGCAUUCUUACAAUCGAUAUAUAUAUAUAUAAAAUUUAUAUAUAUAAGAGUGAGAGAAAAAAAUAUUCAGGGUUCAGAGGUCAAAGACAAAUAGGGAAGGGAGGGACGGGAAGUGUGGAUCAGAAUUAUCUUCAUUAUAUCAUACUUAUCGUUAUUAUGAUACGAAGUGUGUGUGAAUAGUAAACAUCAUAAAAAUUCAAUGUUUGUCAAUUUGUAUGUUAUGCUUGGAAUUUUUUUCUAAAUAAAUAAUGUAGAAUUAAUGGUGAAAAGAAAUUAAUUAAAAAAAAAUAUACUUCAAUUUUUAAUAAGUUAAAACGAUAAAAACAUUUCAUUCAACUUGUUGUUCAAGAUUUUUAUAUUUAACUUGACAAUUUUAUUAUUCCAAAUACAAACAAAAAAUUGAAAAUAUAAAGAAAUCUACAAACUAAAAACUCUCUUUCCUCUUAGUUUUUUUUUUGUUUUGUUUUGAUAUUUUUUUUUUAAAUCUAAGAAUAAAAACCUAAAAUUGUUAAAUAUUUCCAAAUUUUUAAUUCAUAUUUUUAUUAAUAAUUCGGAUAAUAAAAAUUUCAAAACAAAAAAAGAAAAAUAUGUUUUACAUAAAAUAAAAUUAUGAAUUUAAAAUAAAAAACAAAGAAUAAUAAAAAGGAUGGGACAGGCGAGAUAGAAAUAAUUUUCCUUCUUGUUACGUUCUCUUUUUCAUUACUUUUUCAUUAUGCCUAAGAAGAUUAAUAAUUAAGCGAAGACGGGUGGGGAAAGAAAAGAUAGGAGGAGGAGGAGAAAGAGAGAAAAAAAAAAACAAAUUUUUCACAUAUCGAACGUAUAACUGUACAAAUUGAGCGGUUUCUUAAACAGCAACAAGUGCAAAGUUUUGUCCAUACAAACAUAGUAUAUAUAUAUAUAUAUAUAUAUAUAUAUUGAAUAUUGCAGGCUCAAAUAACAUUCGAAAACUCCCCUCUUCUUUGUUUUUUUCUUCAUCAACAUUUACAGAUAGAAAAAACAUUAAAAUAUUGAAAACAAGAAAAAAAAAAUGGCACUCCGUGUACAGAAAUAAACAAUUAUAUUCUUUUCAAUUCUCUGUUUUGUUUUGUUGUUUCUUUCUUUUUUUUUUUACAUUUUGAAAGACGUAAAAAAAGAAACACUAACCAAAAAUAUUGCAGUAAAAUUUUACCUUUUUAAACGAUAAAAUAUUACAAUAGUUCACGCCUGCACGUUUAAUUUUUUUAUCAUCACAGUUUCUCAACAAAUUUGCAAUCCUAAAAUUUUAAAUUUCUUUUUUUUUUUCUUGUUUUUCUUUUUUGGACACGACGGAAAAGAAAUCAUUCUCAACAAAUAAAUUGUUUUUCC